AGGCUCUGAGAGCUCUAAAAAGAUAUUUUUUCUAGAGAGCAGUUUUAUUAGUGGUUGAGAUUUGCCUUCAACUGCUAUGGCGGCGGCUGCUGCUGCUUGGCCAACUGGCCGCAUAGACGUGUUCUGGCAUGAGGACAUGCUAAAACACGAUGCUGGACAAGGCAUGUUCGAUACGGGAAUUAACCCUGGGUUUCUAGACGUGUUAGAAAAGCACCCAGAAAAUGCAGACAGAAUAAAGAACAUUGUUUCAAUUCUUAAAAGAGGCCCCAUCUCUCCCUACAUUUCCUGGCAUCUUGGAAGACCUGCUCAACUCCCUGAAUUACUCUCUUUCCACACAUCAGACUAUAUAAAUGAACUAGUUGAAGCAGACCGGGAAGGCGGAAAGAUUAUUUGUUCUUCUACUUUCUUAAAUCCUGGAUCAUGGGAUGCGUGUCUUCUUGCUGCCGGCACAACAUUAUCUGCAAUGCAGCAUCUGCUUGAUGGUCAUGGAAAACUUGCUUAUGCAUUGGUUAGGCCUCCAGGUCAUCAUGCUCAACCUACACAAGCAGAUGGAUAUUGUUUCCUUAAUAAUGCAGGUCUUGCUGUCCAAUUGGCCUUGGAUUCAGGAUAUAGAAAGGUUGCAGUUAUUGACAUGGAUGUGCAUUAUGGCAAUGGAACUGCAGAAGGUUUCUAUCACUCUGAUAGAGUACUUACCAUUUCUCUUCAUAUGAAUCAUGGCUCAUGGGGGCCAACACAUCCACAAAAUGGAUCUAUUGAUGAGCUUGGCAAAGGAGAGGGUUUUGGCUUUAAUCUAAACAUACCACUGCCCAAUGGGACAGGCAACAAAGGAUAUGACCAUGCCAUGACUGAAUUGGUUAUUCCAGCAGUUAACAAGUUUGAACCUGAUAUGUUAGUUAUGGUUGUUGGCCAAGAUUCUAGCACUCUUGACCCAAAUGGAAGGCAGUGCUUGACUAUGGAUGGGUACCGAGAAAUAGGGCGAAAGCUUCAUGCUCUAGCAAAUAGACACAGCGGAGGACGUCUUCUUAUUGUUCAAGAAGGUGGAUAUCACAUUACUUACUCAGCUUAUUGUCUUCAUGCAACCCUUGAAGGUGUGCUCAACCUUCCUAUGCCUUUAUUAUCUGAUCCUAUUGAUUGUUACCCAGAGGAUGAGGCGCUCGCGUUUGAAGCUAUUGGAUCCAUUAGAAAGCAUUACAAAGAUAUUGUACCAUUUCUAAAAGGAGCUUGAUUUGGAUUUACUGUGUAUGCAUACUUUCAAUUAUUUAUCACAUGGUGCAUUGUUAUUUUGUUGGA